AUGCGGAUCCGCUACUCCUUCGCGGGCGCCUUCAUCCUCCUCGUCCUAGUCGCAGCCUACGCCGGCCUCCUUCCCCACAACACCUCUUCACCCAUCCCCCCGAACCUGCAACCAAACGACAAAUUCUUGCAUCUGAUAACUUUCUUCCUCCUCUCCCUAAUCUUCUACUGGAUCUUCGACACCUCGCGCCGCCGUGCCCUGCACCUGACCCUCCUCGUCUGCACACUGGCCCUCGGCGUCGGCUCCGAGGUCCUACAGGGCCUCCUCCCCAACGACCGACCGUUCGACCCGCUCGAUCUUCUUGCGAAUCUCGUGGGUAGUCUUGGUGCGGUUGGUCUGUGCGGAUGGUAUCAUCGGCGAAUGCUGGAGAGAAGGCGGAAGGCGAGGUAUGGGGCGCUGGCGGAUGAUGAGGUUGCUGGGGAUGAUGUGGAGUUGAGUGGUAUGGGCCAUGGGCGUGAUGAGGAGAGUGGAUUGGGGCCGCAGGAGAAUGGGGUUAUGUCGUUGGAGCAGGAGGUGGAUAAUUGGGAUGAAAAUGCGGUUGAUCGUUGGGACGAGGAGGAUGGACUUGAUGAACAUGGUAACGGUGUUCGUGAUCAGAAGGCUGGUGGUGCUGGGGCCACUGCUGGAAUUGAUGAGGGGAAGAAGCGGAGUGAUUGA